AUGCAGACAAAAUAUGAAAAAUCAAACGAAUUAUUAAACAAAUGGUCAUCAAAUAUUUAUAAUUUAAAUUCUAUUGAACAAUUAGUUCGCUCACAAGCUAAUGAUGAAAAAUAUUUUCUACUUGAAUGUUCAGUAGCUAUAGUGGAAGAACAAGGAAAUGUAAUGAAAAGAUCGAAUAUUUAUCUAGAAAUGAACGAUCCACAAAUAUUUCAAUUAAUUAAUCGUAAACAACUUUAUCGAGAUAUUUUGCCUAAUAUUGAAAAGCUUCGAUUAAUUUGA